AGAGAGGCGCUCAAAAACAUUGUAGGAAUGGCUAAACUCCCUGACAGUCAGCCCCACGCGCUGCUGCCUUUGAGCUGAGCUCUGCUGGUGCUGGCUGUGCCCCUUGGGAAUGGGAGGAGAUCCCCAGGGACAUCCACAGGUGGGAGAUGACAGCAUGUCCCAGCUCCUCCUUGCUCUGCUGGGGGCUGGGUGUGAGCCAGGCAGGCAGGAAGGUUUCAUGGUUCUCCUGGCUCCCACAGACAGAAUAAAGUGUCCCAAAGUCACAGAACAGAAUCACAGUACCACCAGGGUUGGAAAAGCCCUCCCAGACCUGUGACUGAUCCCCUGUCAGUCCUGGUUUUGCCUGGCACUGAGCACUUCACCAGCCCAGAUCAGACUUUCUAUUCUGCUCCACAUGUGCAGGAGCUGGAGAGAAAAAAACUGAGAGAAAAAAAUAACACGGAAACAGCUCCAUAAAAAAGCAGAAAGAGGGCAGGGAAAGGAUUCCUGAGGGGAGGAUUCCCAGGCCACUGCUUGCUCUGUGUUGUGCUCAUUAUCUCGCUGUGGCCCAGGGUCCCUUGCCCAGGGUGGAACACCAACAGCCCCAGGAGCUCAGCCUGGGGAGCAGCUCCCACCGGCACUGGGGAAGGGGAGAGCUCUGCUCAAAUACCUCUGAUCUAAACUGGAGCUUGCAGGAAAAAUUAACAGAAGAGAACAGCAGCCAGCAGAAAAGAGCUUUCCUGGGGAGAUGGCCUGGCUUGCAGCAUCCUCACACGGAUUCUGAAAUUGAUGAUUGAGAAUUCUGAGAAGAUUCUGAGUCUGCUCCCAUUCUGAAAACUUCCAGAGUUCGUCCCUGGAUGUCCGUGUUUCCUGGCUGCCGCUGCUCCCCAAAACGGCCCCGAAACAAAAAGCCCGAGGAGCUUCUGCCACAGCCAUUAUCCUUGGAUCACAGCACACCUGGAAAAUCUACAGAUACAGAAUAAGCAGGAAGCGCCCGGGCAUAGCAUGAGCGGCCCUGGCGCCAGGGGCCAUGCCCUUCUCCAACAGCUCUGAGCUCAGCCCGUCCUUCAUCCUGGCCAGCCUGCCGGGGCUGGAGGCGGCGCAGUCCUGGAUGGCCAUCCCGCUGUGCUCGGCCUACGUGCUGGCCGUGCUGGCCAACGGCGCCGUGCUGCUGGUGGUGCGCGCCGAGCCCAGCCUGCACGCGCCCAUGUACUUCUUCCUCUGCAUGCUGGCCGCCGCCGACCUGGCGCUGGCCACGGCCACCGUGCCGCGCAUCCUCUGCUUCUACUGGUUCGGCAGCCGCGAGAUCGGCUUCGCCGCCUGCCUGCUGCAGAUGUUCCUCAUCCACACGCUCUCGGCCGUCGAGUCCACCGUGCUGCUGGCCAUGGCCGUGGACCGCUACGUGGCCAUCUGCCACCCGCUGCGGCACGCCGCCGUGCUCACCAACGGCGCCACGGCCAAGAUCGGGCUGCUGGCCGUGGCCCGAGGGGUGCUCUUCUUCCUGCCGCUGCCCCUGCUGCUCCUGCCGCUGCCCUUCUGCGGCCCCCGCGUGCUGUCCCACUCCUUCUGCCUGCACCAGGACGUGAUGAACCUGGCCUGCGCCAACACCACGCCCAGCGUGGUGUACGGGCUCACCGCCAUCCUGCUGGUCAUGGGGCUGGACGCCGUGCUCAUCUGCCUCUCCUACCUCCUCAUCCUCAAGGCCGUCCUGCGCCUCGCCGCCUGGAGGGAGCGGCUCAAGGUGUUCAGCACCUGCAUCGCCCACAUCUGCGUGGUGCUGGCCUUCUACGUGCCCCUGAUCGGGCUGUCUGUGGUGCACAGGUUUGGCAAGGACCUGGCUCCGCUGGUCCACAUCGUCAUGGGCAACAUCUACAUCCUGGUGCCCGCUGUGCUCAACCCUAUCAUCUACGGGGUGAGGACCAAGCAGAUCCAGAGGAGGAUCCUGAGUCUGAUCCACGUCACUGACAGAGCUCCCCGGUGACCCGAGCCCGCCGCUGCCCCGUGUCCUCACGCUGGCUCACCUCGUUUUACACUCAGAGCCUUUGGUGCCGGACUGUCCUCUGUGUGUGCUCUGAGGCACUGCCACCAGGCAAAAGCUGAUUGUAAACUCCUUCUGAGAGUGUUUGCCCUCACCAAACUCAGAGAGAAAUGACUGCCAUGAUCUAAACCAAAUCCCAAUCUCACCAAACUCAGAAAUGACUGCAAUGAUCUAAACCCAAUCCCAAUCUCACCAAACUCAGAAAUGGCUGCAAUGAUCUAAACCCAAUCCAAAUCUCACUAAACUCAGACAAAAAUGACUGCAAUGAUCUAAAGCAAAUCCCACCAAACUCAGAGAGAGAAAUGACUGCAAUGAUCUAAACCCAAUCUCACCAAACUCAGAGAGAAAUGACUGCAAUGAUCUAAAUCCAAUCCCAAUCUCACCAAACUCAGAGAGAAAUGACUGCAAUGAUCUAAACCCAAUCUCACCAAACUCAGAGAGAAAUGACUGCAAUGAUCUAAAGCCAAGCCUGACCUGGCAGGUUCCACAAGAAGGGAAAAGUGACUCAGCACACUUACACAGAUGUCCCAACCUUGCUCCUCUUGGUUCCCUUCUGACCUCUAACAGUGGCAGGGCAGAGAAAAUGCUGGAUGGUUUGGGAUGAUUUAGUUAAUUCAUUGUUUUCACAUGGGGCACAGUCACAUUCCAGAAGUUUUGCCAGAAAAUUUGCACGUAGCAUCAUUCUUUAAGUAAAAUAAUUACAGGACACCUGUCCAAAGUGACAUUACAGAUGCAGAAAUGCAUUUCAGAGAAAGAACAUCCACCUCUGUGGUCUUGUUCUGACCGGCUGGGUGCUCUGUCAAGACCCCUCAACCUCCUCAUAGCAGAUGCUGUGGAAAAAUUUCAGAUGCAGAGUUACUGGUAGCAAUUGUAAAAGUAAUUUAGUAAUUGUAGUCAAUAAAAUGAAAACAUCUCAAGGGAAAAAAAUAAGCAAGUUAUAAAUGUCAGUGAUGAUUCUAAGCAGAAGGAAGUCUCGUUUCCAAGCCAAAGGUGUUCCACACUGGGAAUUCCUAAAACGUCCUGUCACUAUCACCACGGAACAGAGGCUGGCACCAUCCUCUGGCACGCUGUGGAGGGAGGUGGAAGGAUUGAUGGGAGCCCCCCUCGGUGCUCUCCUUGUCAUGGACUGUGGUUUCUCACUCGAGGUGAAAUCAGGGAUGUUCCCACUGGAGCAGACACAGCGAUCCCUCAGGGAGGGGUGCCAGGGCUGAGCUCCCAUUCGGUCACCGUGGGUUUGGCUGCCCCAGGGGGGGCACAAAGCCCUGCCCAGACCUUCCUGGGGGAGCUGCAGCAGCCCUGGUCUGACCUGCACUCCAUCAGGAGGCCCAGGUGCUCCCAAACUCCAGUGUCUCCAUUAGCAUCCCAGAAUCCCCAAAUCCCUGGGGCUGGCACAGCCCUGCCAGCCCAUGCAGUGCCAGCUGUGCCCCACGGCCACCUUGUCCCCAGCCCAGAGCACUCAGUGCCACCUGC